ACUGGGCGGGGGGUGGGCAGUCACUGCACGGGAGGAGAGACCCCCCUUCUCCUGCUGACGUUGCCGGCUGUGAGGAGAGGACGGGGCGCUGACGUUUCCCAGAUGUUGCCGCUGGACGUGCGGACGAUGUACCGGGGGCUGCUCCUGCUGUGCUUCACCCUGUGCACGGUACCGGGGGCGGAGUGCUACAAGAAGCGCGGACCGGCCGUCACCCACAAGGUUUUUUUCGACAUAACAAUAGGUGACAGAAAUGCCGGACGCAUUGUCAUUGGUUUAUUUGGAAAGGUGGUCCCAAAAACAGUGAAGAACUUUGUUACCUUAGCAACCGGAGAGAAAGGCUAUGGCUAUAAAGGCAGCAAGUUCCACAGAGUUAUCAAAGACUUUAUGAUUCAGGGCGGAGAUUUCACAACUGGUGAUGGCACUGGAGGAAAAAGCAUCUACGGAGACGAGUUUCCAGAUGAGAACUUUAAGCUGAAGCAUUAUGGUAUCGGUUGGGUGAGCAUGGCAAAUGCUGGGCCAGAUACCAAUGGGUCACAGUUCUUUAUUUCCACAACUCGACCCUUAUGGCUGAAUGGAAAGCAUGUUGUGUUUGGCAAAGUCCUAGAUGGCAUGGCUGUGGUACAUGGCGUAGAGCUCCAGCCGACAGAUGAAAGAGAUCGCCCUUUACAGGACUGCGUCAUUGUGAACAGCGGAGAAAUCACAGUGAAGGAGCCAUUUGUGGUGGAAGUGGAUGACUGGAAAGAUUAGAAGUAUAGAAAAUAAUAGGAGAAGCUUUUCAUACUUUAUUUUUUGUAAAGGAUGACCAAUAAAUGUAAAUAUGU